CUUGACAUAGAGCAAGGACAAGCAGACAAGGAAGGAUUGGAGAAGAACAGUCCUUAACUUUAAAACUAAGAAAAACCUAUUUUGGUGACAAGCCAAUAUUUCAGUGAGAACUGAAAAAGAAAGACUUUCAAGAACUGGCACAACUGUCAGUAAUUUUAGGCGAAGAGGAAGGAGAACAACAAACAGAUCAGAAGAGGGUAAGAGGUGGAAAGAAACUUGAUGAUGUCUUCAUUUGAGACCCAGAACCAGUCACCUCCUCGUUGUGGUCCUCAGUUUCCAAGUUUAGGACAGGAACCUCCAGAGCUCAGCAUGUAUGGUGAAUGCUACUACCCUCCUCCAUCCCUGCCGAGUCCUCAGCGGACAGCUCCUUCUUCCUAUGAACUGAGUGACUACACCACCUCAUCUCCAAAUCCGUACCUGUGGUUCAACAGCCCCGGGAUCAACUCCUCUUCGUACCUGUCCAGCAAUGGCCCUCCAGGGAAUCCAGGCCCACCAUUUGUACCUCAGCACUACGGCAUGCAGAGACCCUACCUGGGACCAGCUGGACCCGGUGGUCCAGGGGGGGAACUAAGCUGGUUCUCACUUCCCUCACAAGAAGACCUGAUGAAGCUGGUCAGACCACCUUAUUCCUACUCUGCUCUGAUUGCAAUGGCUAUCCAUGGAGCACCAGACAAGAGACUGACACUGAGUCAGAUUUACCAGUAUGUUGCUGAUAACUUUCCUUUUUAUAACAAGAGUAAAGCUGGCUGGCAGAAUUCCAUCAGACACAACCUGUCACUCAACGACUGCUUCAAAAAAGUGCCAAGAGACGAGGACGAUCCAGGUAAAGGCAACUACUGGACACUUGACCCGAACUGUGAGAAGAUGUUUGACAAUGGAAACUUUCGCCGUAAAAGGAAGAGAAAGUCUGACUCCCUCAACAGUGGUGACGGCGCUUCAGGGCCCCCAGAGUCAGGAGACAGUGAAAGGGGAAGCCCCAAACACCCUGCUCUUACCAUGUCGCCGACACCGGACAGAAUCCCCUCCCCUUCACUGUCAGGUCCCACGCCAUGCCUGAGCAGCUUCUUGUCUGAAAUGUCUACAGUUUCUACUGGAGCAACAAACGAGGUUGGGGGAGAUGGGUUGACCAGGCCGCUGCAGAUUAACCUUCCUCUAGAUGGACCGCAUAGACCCACCCAGCCAGGAAACUUUAGCAACUAUUCCUCCAACUCAGGUGUCUCAGAGUGGGUACCACAGGUACCAGCUCCCUCUGUGCUCACAUCCUCACCGUCCCACUCUUCUUUAGGUUACUCUAGCCCCAUUCUGAGCCAGUACACUGGGUCCAGUGGGCAUUUCUAUCCUACUCUGAGCUCCACUGGAAUCAUAUAUCAUCGAGACGGCACAGAGGUUUAAGGAGACGUAAGGGGAGGGAAUGAUGUCUUAGGAAAGACUGCUGGAGGAUCUUUCAAAUGUCUGGUAUUCGUUUUGGCAAAACAUAAUGUUUUUUUGCUGACUUAGACAGGUGAGAGUGCUAUAACACAUGAGCAUACUAAACGGUGCCCUAUUCCCACAAAAAAAGCCGAUUCAGGUAUAGUGUUGUCCAACCAUAAAAAACGGGGCUAGCUUUGGUAUCAGAUCCUGUCAGCUUUUAUUUCAGAUAUAUCUCUGCGAGAGCUGUGUCAACUUUAGCUGACGAAGCUCUAAUCUGCUGACACCAUUCCAUUCAAUGCUGACAGACAGCUUCUUCAGAGGGGUAGUGGAAUUACAGUGAUGUCAAGAUUGUGUUGUUCCUGCGCAAAAAUAAUAAACAAGUAAUAAUGAGACUGCCAUUGUUUUUAGUUCUGCAACAAUGGAUUCAUUUACAGUCUGGGAGUGUAAUAUAAUGGUGGUAGUUGUACUUUGUAAAUAUGUUCACUUGUUCUAGUUUGUUACCUAAUUGUUGGUUUGUUUGUAAAAGUUUUGUCAAACAGAAGGAGUUCAUAGGGUGUGGCAUCAUGCUGUAUAUUUUGUUUUUACCAUUAAUAAAAUCUUUUUGACAUACA